UGUUAUUCUUCUUUUUUUACUAUUGUGCAUUUUAUAGCCUUUAUGUGGAUUGCCAGGGGCAUGAACUGCAGCUGUUGCAGGCAGAAGCUGAAAUGCAGCAAUUGUGACAUACAUUUCUCCACAUCCUUUCAAAAUAAAAGGACUGCAGGAAGGCUAGAGAGAAGCCAAAUUCAGCCCCAUUUUUUUUUUUGGGGGGGGGGGGUAUCAGCUCUGUUCCUGUGAUUGUUUUUCCCUCUCUUAAUAACUGACUUUAAUCCCUUUUGAUUACAGUCAGUUGGAGCUUUUCCAUUGAGAGAAAAUGAUGAAGAGGAGGGGGAGGACUCACCUCCUCCUCCGCCUCCUCCUCUGCGGUGAGCGCUCCUCGUCAUCCCCCGCCUCCUGCAGGCAGAAUAUGGCUGCAGCGGAAUCCCGUGACGUCAACCAGCAGUUGCCGUGGUUACGCGGGUGACGGAAAAAUGGGUGUGGCCUCCCGAGGAACCACGUGCUCCCCACAUAUAUAUGAGCCGGGCUGGCUCGCGCAGUGGGAAACUGCAGUUCAGAGCGCGAUCGGCUGAGCUCUGCGCGCUUUAAACGGGACACGACGCGGCGAUAACUGGCUGUUAGAGGAGCACAGAGGAACUAUUACUGUGUUUUUUUUUCCUUCGUGUUUGCAUUGGAUAUUUAUUUAGCCGCUCAACAUGGCUGUGACUGAAGCUGGAUGUGAUCUAACUUACUGCAAAAUGAGGGGGAUUGUUGCCGUUCUCACCGCUUUCAUCAAGGAGAGAAAAAUGGGGCUGAAUGACUUCAUCCAGAAGCUGGUGUCUACCCCACAUAUCUGCCAACAUGUCGAAGUUAACAACUUCCUGAAGAUUGAUGAAAAUCAAAACGAGGAGGUUGAAAAUGAUGAACUUCCUGAAAGUCCGAUGUGCCUACAUUCCCGAAGUUCACUGGCUGAGGACACUCAGAUCAAACCCUGUGAUUUUGACUACCUCAGAAUCAUCGGCAAAGGCAGCUUUGGAAAGGUUCUGCUGGCGCGACACAAGGAGUCCACCAAAUAUUACGCUGUCAAAGUGCUACAGAAGAAAAUCAUCAUGAAGAAGAAAGAGCAAAAGCAUAUCAUGGCUGAGCGCAGUGUGCUGAUGAAGAACAUCAAGCAUCCCUUCCUGGUGGGGCUGCACUACUCCUUCCAGACUACUGACAAGCUGUACUUUGUUCUUGACUAUGUAAACGGCGGAGAGCUGUUCUACCAUCUCCAGAGAGAGAGGAUCUUCCUGGAGCCCAGGGCCAGGUUCUACGCUGCUGAAAUUGCAAGUGCACUUGGCUACCUCCACUCCCUGCACAUUGUGUACAGGGACCUGAAGCCUGAGAACAUCCUGUUAGACUCUCAGGGCCACAUCGUCCUCACAGACUUUGGCCUCUGCAAAGAAGGUCUUGAGGCCAAUGGUACUACAACAACCUUCUGCGGGACGCCUGAGUACUUGGCCCCCGAGGUUCUCCAGAAGCAGGCGUACGACCGCACAGUUGACUGGUGGUGUCUGGGAUCGGUGCUCUACGAGAUGCUCUAUGGACUUCCCCCGUUCUACAGUCGCAACACAGCUGAGAUGUACAACAACAUCCUGCACAAGGCUCCUGUGCUCAAGCCCAAUGUGUCAAACUCAGGCAGGGAACUGCUUGAGGGGCUCCUGCAGAAGGACCGCACCAAGAGGCUGGGAGUGAAGGAUGACUUUCUUGAACUCAAGUACCAUUCCUUCUUCUCUCCAAUCAACUGGGAGGACCUGAUGUCCAAGAAGAUCACACCUCCAUUCAUCCCCUCAGUGAGCGGUCCCACAGACCUCCGACACUUCGACCCCGAGUUCACCCACCUGCCCGUGUCCUCCUCUCUGUGCACUGACACCCUGACUGUCACCAGCAGCGUCAAGGAAGCAGCCGGAGCGUUUCCAGGCUUCUCUUACGGGCCUCCAGCAGACCACUCCUUUAUGUGAACGCCAGCAUCUCUGCCCUUCUGUCCAGGGAGCUGACAGGAAACGGGAUAAAAGCUCAGGAUUGAGAGUCUUAUUUUGACUGAGGGACCACACCGGAGCAGCCUGUUGGGGGGACGUUACGCAGCCUGAUAAGAGGAUCUAACUGACAAGAUGGACAUGAACACCAGGGGGUGCAGAUCUUGAGGGAUCUUGUGCAUGAAAAGUAUACAGAUGGGGACUCUCAUGUUACAACACCAGUGGCCCUACUCUUCUGCCUCAACCACCUAAAACUUUAAUAUAUGUGUGCCAAGUAUGGAUGCACUCUGGGGUCAUAAAACAUCACUCUCUGGUGGCUCUAGACCUCACAGCUACUGGUGAAGUGACAUGAAGAGAAGUGCCUGAGGUUCGAAAGGCAGUUUGGACGGCAGCAACAGCGUUGGCAAGAGCCAGCUUUAUCAAAAACCACAAAACCAUUUUACUUGUAUGGACGUUUGAGCAGGGCGCUAGCCGUUAAGGGUGAGGCCUUCAUUACAUGUCUACAUAUGUUAAAACUAAUUUUGUUUCAAAGUUCAUAAUGCAUUGUUAUUUUCAUGUGAAUGCUCAAUUGCACUUGAGGUAACAAGGGUCAAAAAAAGUGAAACAUUCUGCUUUAAGCAUCAACAACUUUCGAUUAGACAGCUGCAUCUUUCCACCGUCCACUAUUUUCAUAUCUCUGCUUUGUGCAAAGAAAUAAUGGCAUUUCAAUGUUGUACACUAAUAGUGACACUUGGACCAAACAGUUAACGAAGGUAUGCUGUAACACAAACACUUUUUUUGACCGGUUUGUCCUCAUAAACUGAAGAUCAAAGUUUUACUGUACUGUGUAGAAGAAAAAAGUUACAUAUAUUUUAUUGCAGAACCAAAAAGUUUUCCAUGUUUUAAUAACAAAACAUUCACUCUUUACUUCUAAGAAAGUUCUGCAUAUAUUAUAUAUGAGUUAUAAAUGUUUCCUAGUGUGUGUGUGUGAGUGUGUGAGUGUGUGUGUAUAUAUAUAUAUAUAUAAAAAAAAUGAAUAUAUGGAAUGAAAAUUAUAUUUCCUGUAUGGUAAUAUAUUUUAUUUUUGGUUUUUCCAACUAAUUUUCAUUCACAACCAGUGACUGUGUUAUCUAUAUCUUCUGUUUGCAAACUUUAUGAAAGACUUAUUGAUCAGGAGAGCGUGAAACAGAGUUCAACCAGCAAUAACAGGCUCACAUCAAUGAUAGCACAUUCUGUAUAUCAAUCUACUUUCAAAUUCAAGUGAUUGCUGUUUUAUUGCAAACACUCCAGACAAACUAUAGAAAUGUUUUUGUAUUUAUGCAUUAUGUAGAGAAGAACUGUGAAUGUCUUGUGCCUGUCCAAGGCGGCCUCAUCCAGAUAUACUGUAUGUACAUAUCUCUUUUUCCUAAAGCUCUUGGUCCCUUUUCUAGAAAAUAAUCUGUAUAAGAAAGUGCUUGAUUAACGUUGAAGAAGAACCACUAGGUGGAGUCGGCGCUGGCUUUCCCCUGGCCGUGUUUAGCCACUGGCCUACUGCAUAAUAUGGUUCUGGAAAGUGCAAUAAAAUCGUGUUAACGCUGAAAGAAUAAUUAUCAUUUUAUCUCUUUUAGCAGAAGUGUAAGUUGUAAUUCAUGAUCUGAUAUUCAUUAAGUUAUUAAGAGAAGAUCUAAACUCAAACAGAGAUUGUUCAUGACUUUGUUUUGCCCCAUUGAUUCUCCAUAUUUUAGACGUUUGCAGAGUGCUUUUUCAAGCCUGCUGAAAAUAAAAGAAAUAAGGCAACACACAGUUCUAUAUAAUUUUCUUCCAUAUUUGGAAGCAUUACUUUUCUGUUUUAUAUUUUUUAUGUAUAUUUAUUUUCAUGCUACUGUAUAAAGAAUAUAAUUUACAAGAUCAGCUGAAAUAUUGAACUGUAAUCUGUGUCAGAAAUGGCAAAUAAAUUCUCUAAAUUCGA